AUGGAUGGUCACCGACCCACCGGCGAGUGGGCGGAGGUCCGCCGGAGGAAAGCAAAUGUCAGAACACAACAAUCCAAUGCCCUCACAAACUAUUUUGUAGCGGGAUUUCCAGAUUAUACCAAAAAAGAGGAGUUGCGGAGACCCUUCUCAAGAUUUGGAAAAGUGGUUGAUGUGUAUUUUGGGUGGAAGAAAGAUUAUCGGAAGAAGAACUACGCAUUCAUCAGAUUCAUGGGGGUAGACGACGCCAAGGUAUUGGAGACAAGAUUACAAGGUAUCAAAUGCAAAGAAAUGGUACUCGAUGUUAACAUAUCCAAGCAUCAUAGAAAGGAAAAGGUCAACCAAUACCAACGAAGCUCCAAAACCUGGAGGAAUCCACACAUGAAUGAAAUCUCUCCUCUCAAAUCAUGUAUUACAAAUAACAGUACAUUUGCUUAG